ACCCUUGACGCAAUAAACACAUGUCUACAUUGGGGUUUAUGGGGCUAGUUGAUUUAUCUGUGAAAUAACAGCCAGCAGAAAAUAAGCUUGAGCACACAGCGUAAGAAAUAAUGAAAGUGAAGGUUCUGUGCAGAAAUCCGGAUGAUUAUGUUCGUGAAACAACGAAAGAUAUACAGCGUGUUCCCAGGAACUAUGACCCAUCUCUUCACCCGUUUGAGGUGCCGAGAGAGUACACCCGCGCCCUGAAUGCAACCAAACUGGAGCGGGUGUUUGCGAAGCCCUUCCUGGCUUCUUUGGACGGUCACAGGGAUGGAGUCAACUGCAUGGCAAAGCAUCCAAAGAGUCUGUCCACGUUACUGUCCGGAUCGUGUGAUGGAGAGGUGAAAGUGUGGAACCUGACCAAACAAGAAUGUGUGCGGACUCUUCAGGCACACGAAGGCUUCGUUAGGGGAAUGUGUCCCCGCUUCUGUGGCACCUCCUUUUUCACGGUUGGCGAUGAUAGGACCAUCAAACAGUGGAAAAUGGAGGCACCAGGCUACGGAGAGGAAGAGGAGCCUCUGAAUACUAUUCUGGGGAAGGCAGUGUACACUGGCAUUGACCACCACUGGAAGGAGGGUGUCUUUGCGACGUGUGGCCAGCAGGUGGACAUCUGGGACGAGCAGAGGAGCAGCCCCAUCCGCUCCUUCACCUGGGGAGUGGACAGCUUCAGCUGUGUCCGCUUCAACCCUGUGGAGACCGAGCUGCUUGCCAGUUGUGCAUCUGACAGAAGCAUAGUCCUCUAUGACAUGAGGGAAGCAACUCCACUCAAAAAGGUAGUAAUGAAGCUGAGGAGUAACACUUUGUGCUGGAACCCUAUGGAGGCUUUUAAUUUCACCUGUGCAAAUGAAGACUAUAACCUGUACACCUUUGACAUGCGGAACCUGGACACGCCUGUGAUGGUGCACAUGGACCACGUGUCGGCGGUGCUGGACGUUGACUACUCCCCAACUGGGAGGGAGUUCGUCUCUGCCAGCUUCGAUAAGUCCGUCCGGAUUUUCCCCAAAGACAAAGGCCACAGCAGGGAGGUGUACCACACCAAGCGCAUGCAGCACGUCAUCUGCGUCAAGUGGUCAUCGGACAGCAAGUACAUCCUGACUGGCUCCGAUGAGAUGAACAUCCGCCUGUGGAAGGCCAACGCCUCCGAGAAACUGGGGGUGCUGUCUCCAAGGGAGAAGGCUGCCCUGAACUACAGCCAGAAGCUGAAGGAGAAGUUCCAGCACCACCCUCAGAUCCGCCGCAUCGCCCGGCACCGGCACCUGCCCAAAGCCAUCUACAGCCAGAGCAAGGAGCUACGCGUCAUGAAGGAGGCCCGGCGCAGGAAGGAGAGGAAUGUGCGCAAGCACAGCAAGCCGGGCUCCGUUCCCGUGGUGACAGAGAAGGAGAAGCACGUGGUGACCGUGGUCAAGUAGGAGGGGACGGCCGCCGGAGGACAGAGACACAGUCUGGCCAACCCCCUCCCCUUCCCCCCUGCCUGGCUGAGGACUGAGCGAUUUUCCUGCUGAACGGAGACCAUAGCAUUUGUCAGGGCUAUGAAGUGUAUGCUGUGACUGGAACUCAUGAAAAAACAUACAGCUUUGGAAAUUUCCUACACUGUCUUCUGGAGCAGAAGGGAAGGCUAUAUAUAAUAUAUACACAUGCAUGCACACACACACACACA